AUGGCUGACGCAAGUACGUCUUCCUCCUCAGCCGCGGCAGCCACGCCGCGUUUCGACUUUUAUCAGACCGACACGGCGGUCACCAUCUCGAUCUUUGUCAAGUCUGUAGCUCAAGACUCGCUCCAAGUCGACAUCGGACCACAAUCGCUUCACGUCAAAGCCGUCUCUUCCGACACUGGCUCCGAAUUCAUUCUGGGCAUCGACCCUCUUUUCUCGCAAGUUGACGUGACGAGCUCCUCGUUCAAGGUGCUUUCCACCAAAAUCGAUGUGAUCCUACACAAAGCGCAACCUGGCGUCCGAUGGGUCUCGCUACAAGCGGGAUCAGCGUCGGUGGUGUCUGCAGCAACGCCAACGUACGCACAAUCCACAUCUGCACCUAGACAAAAGUCCAAAUGGGACAGCUUCAACCCAGACACAGAGACUGAUGCUACAGCAGGAUCGUCGGCAGACAAGCCAGCAGACGGCGGCGAAGCAGACAUCAACGCCUUCUUUCAAAAACUCUACGCGGAUGCAGAUGAAGACACGCGCAGGGCCAUGAUGAAAAGCUACCAGGAAAGUGGCGGCACCACCCUCUCGACCGAUUGGAGCAAGGUGGGCAAGGGAAGGGUCACGACGACACCUCCAGAUGGGAUGGAGGCGAAAAAGUGGUAG